GUCAAGUCGACCAUGUCCGCUCCCACCGAGGUAACCGUCGAGUCACCCGCAGACUUUCACGUCCAUCUGCGUGAAGGAGAGCUAUCUGAGGUAGUUACUCCGCAAGUUCGCACAGGUGGAUUUGAUCUGGCUUAUGUUAUGCCUAAUCUCAGGCCUCCGAUCACGAAGACGGAACAGGCUGUUGCAUACAGAGAACGGCUAAAGGCUAUCGAUAGCAGUGUCGACUACCUAAUGUCACUCUAUCUAUCACCGGAUCUGACUCCGGAGGAGGUAAGGAAGGCGAAGGAAGCUGGGAUCGCUGGCGUCAAAUCCUAUCCCAGAGGCGUGACUACCAAUUCUGAUGGUGGUAUCGAAUCGUACGAAAUCUACUAUCCCGUGUUCGAGGAGAUGCAGAAGUGCGAUCUGGUCUUGAACCUUCAUGGAGAAGUGCCAUCAGAUGCUGCUUCAAAUACCUGCGUGCUUAAUGCCGAAAACGCAUUCCUUCCACACCUGAAAAAGCUCCACGACACGUUUCCAAAGCUGCGAAUUGUACUCGAGCAUGCUACGACUCGGGCUGCGGUCGACAUGGUUAAAUCGCUUGGUGACACAGUAGCCUGCACUAUCACUGCGCACCACCUGGCCAUGACGGUCGAUGACUGGGCUGGGCAGUCAUGGAACUAUUGCAAACCUGUGGCAAAGUACCCCAGUGACCGCCAAGCUUUGCAAGAGGUUGUUCGUCAAGGUCAUCCCAAGUUCUUUCUGGGUUCAGACUCAGCGCCACACCCUGCAAGCACCAAGUCCGUAGCGACGCCCUCUCAGCCAUGCGCCGCGGGAGUGUAUACGUCUCCGAUCUUGUUGCCAUUUGUUGCUCAUACACUGGAGUCGUUCGGCGCCCUCGAUAGACUACAAGGUUUUGUUAGUGAUUACGGGCGAGCCUUCUACAGACGGCCGGCAGGUGCGAAUGCCCGCAGGAUCGUUCUCAGAAGGGUACAGGGAAUUAGGGUAGAGGACACAUGGCCAUUAGGCGGUGACCGGGUGGUCCCCUUCUGGACUGGAAAGGAGAUUGGGUGGGAGAUCGGUGAUGUGUGUCACUGUUGAAACGCUGAUGUGAUGGUGGUGACGACCAUCCUUGAUGGGGCAGUGAAGAGAGAGAACGCCGACAGGGGGAGCCGUCUCUGUUGUACUAGCUUGGUGGCAGUUCUGUAAUACCACCAUUUACUCAACAAUGCAGUGUCUUCGCUGCCAGUGGAAGCGA